AUGUCCAACCCUGACGGGCAGGGCUCAGCUCUCUCGCCUGUUAUUUCAGGGCUGUUCAUUGCUCCGGUAAUGAAGCUCUUCUACAUCAAAGCAGCGACACUCAGCAUGACGCUGCUCUCCUUUGUGGAUGAUGGGACCAUUCUUGCCCAGUCCAAACAACUUGAUGAUAAUAAUGUAGGCCUGCGUAAGGCCUACAAAAUUAUCUACCUGCUCUUUGUUGCUUUCGCGCUCGUUCUUGAACACAACAAGACAGAGUUGUUUCACUUUUCGCGUCGACGAGAUGCCUACAAUCCCUCACUGGAUCUGGGGUAUGCCCCUCAUACCAGCGCUACACCUUUGAAGCCCAAGACCUAUUGGAGGUACCUGGGCUUCUAUUUUGACCGCGGGCUCACGUUUCAGGAGCACGUCUGCUACUACGCCACCAAGGCGUUUACCACUGUGCAGGCCAUGCGCAUGCGCGGAAACUCUACUAGAGGUCUUUCGCCUAAACAGCGCCGCCUCUUAUACAGGUCGUGUGUGGUCCCCAUUGCCACAUACGGCUAUCGUCUCUGGUAUUUUGAUGGCGCUCGCAACAAGGGCGGGAUGAACCAGUUGAAACGGAUGCAGCAGAAAGCUGCUCUAUGGAUUACAGGUGCUUUCUGCACCUCCCCCACGGGCGGUCUUGAGGCUCUAGCGGGUCUCAUCCCUGUCCACCUUAUGCUGAAGAAGCUGGCAACGCGUGCAGUGUAUCGCGUAGCCACCCUCUCGGACACCCACCCUCUUCGCUCCAUGUUGGGCGAGGGACUCCUCAAGCGAGCUGCACCACACGCUCGCUCUGCCGCCUUGAUGACCCCAGCCAUGCAAGGGAAAGUCAAGAGCACUGUCAUGGAGGUGGAGGAGCGUGUCCACACCUUAACUGAGAGCUUUGAGCCCUUUGCGCCUGAAGCUCGCCCAGGCGAUCGGUUACUGGACCGCUAUGCAGACCACAAGCUCAUCUCCAACCAGUAUCAGGCAGCUUCAGCAGCCAUCAUCUACAAGGGACAUCACGAGCUUGAAAGGACUCGUUAUGUCUCUGGCAGAGUUACCACCCCAGAUGCGGAGCUCAAUGCCAUUUCGUGUGCAGUGCGCCUUGCUGUCAAGCAGGCAAACUGCCAACAUAUCAUGGUCUUUACUGACUCUAUGGGCUCGGCCCAUAGAGCGGUUGACCCCGGCGUGCACUCUGGUCAGGCUUUUAGCCUGUCAGUCUGUCGCGCUCUUGAAGAGUGGUUUGAGGAGGAUGAUCUCCACCGCAUUACCUUUGUCUACGUCCCAUCAGCUCUGUGGUGGGACAUUCAUGGUGAGGCACACAAGUAUGUCACCGAGCUUAAAGUCAGGGUUGGACGCCGCAAGACGGACAACUCUAUAGACACGCUACGCUCACGAGCGGCGCACUCAGUCCUGGAUUCAUGGAACUCCACUUUCCAGGAUCCAACCUACCAAGGCUCUGAAUUCUUAGAGCUUCAACAGCCUGACGGGCGACCACUACAGCCAUCGUACCUCAAUGGGGGACCUUGGCUCUCAACUUUCGGACACAGCAUCACUGAGUUCACUCGCGUUUGCCGGUGUAUAACUGGCCAUGCGCCCAUUGGAGCUCCCGCCAGCAUGUCCUCUUUCGCUGCCGCGAUCGCUACUCUGUGCACUACCCCCGAUUUCUCGGGGAUAUUGCAGCUUUUAUGA